AUGAUCAUCUACCACGAUUUGCUUAGCGGUACGUCUCCCUAAUUUCCUGAUCCAUGGGCCACUUUUUUAUUACGAGAGUAACGCAUUGUCUUUUUAGAUGGCGAGAUGUUCAGCGACAGCUUCAAAGAGUAACGCAUUGUCUUUUUAGAUGGCGAGAUGUUCAGCGACAGCUUCAAAGUUAUUAAGGUGAACGAUUUCAUCUGGGAGGUUGAAGGGAAAUCGAUCACCGUUAAAGAAGGUGUCGAUGGUGCUCUUUUGGGGGCCAACCCUUCGGCUGAAGAAGCGGAGGAGGUCGAAGAUGGCGUCAUAACCGUUAUUGACUUGGUUUAUGCCCACCAAUUGCAAGAGUCUUCGCCUGGUUCAAAGAAAUAUUACAUGGACUUCCUGAAAGACUACCUUAAAAAGCUUAAGACCAAGAUGGAAGCUGACAAAGUCGAUGAAACAACCAUAGCCAAGUUUAUGAAGGAGUCGCAGGCCUACGUCAAGGAGAAACUCCUGGCCGACUUCAACAACUUGACAUUUUACCAACCCAAGACCUCCAGUGAUGAAUUCUACUUCAUCCCAAUGAACUACCGCGACGAUGAAUCUACGCCUUACUUCGUCUUUUUUGCAAAUGGCCUUAAAGAAGAGAAGGUUUAA